AUGUUCGCGAGAAGUGGGUUGCUGAGAAGUGAACCUGCCACAAAUAGGUAUUUAGCUACAGCAAAUAAAAAAAUGAAACAAUAUCAAAAUAGUAUAAAUAGUCUAACAAAAAAAUUUAAUUUAAAUGAUUGUGUUGGAGUUCCAAUUCAUACGGUUGAUAGAACAAAUACCAAUGCUAAAUAUUUACCAUGCUUAAUUGUUGAAAAAAUUGAAAAAGAUAAAAAUGUUAUGUGUAAAUUAGCUUAUCAAUAUGGCAAAUUAGAAAACACUGUUACAAUUGAACAUUUUGUUGAUUUAAAAUCGGCGUGUCUAGAAGAGUUAAAACAACUUGUCAUAGUUUAUGUAAAAGACAUUACGAUGAUUGAAGCAUGUAAACUUUAUGUUUGUGGAUCGACAAAUGGUCGUACAUGCGACUGCAAAGGAAAAUGUCCAUGUAAAAAAGCAGGAGUUUUUUGUUCGACAAAAUGUCGCUCUAAACGAGGACCUUGUAAAAAUAUGGGUGAAUAG